AUGGAAGAACGUCUACCGAAUUUUUAUGUUCCUUCUUCUCCAAUUUCCAUCAUGAUUUGGAAUGUUCAAGGAGCGGGCAGUAACUCUUUUGCUGCUUCUUUAAAAGAGCUUGUUCGUUUGCAUAGACCGGAGGUUCUGGCAUUAGUAGAAACUCACAUGGGAGGGGAUAGAGCCCAACAAAUUGCCUCUAUUCUUAAGUAUUCGGGUCAUACAAGAGUUGAUGCCCGUGGCUUUAGUGGAGGCAUAUGGAUUUACUGGCACACGGAGAAUGUUACUAUUGACCCUAUCCGUCAACAUGAUCAAUACAUUACGAUGGACAUUAAGAAAUGUGAUGAACAACCUUGGUAUUUUACUGCAGUAUAUGCAAGUCCAGACCCAACUCGAAGGCAUGAUUUAUGGCGCGAGUUAAAGGACUUUGCUGCACAGAACAAUAAACCAUGGUUGAUUGCGGGGGACUUUAAUGAAACUCGGUUCCCUAGUGAGAGAAACACCUCUUGUUCUGAAACUACGAGAAGAUCUGCUCGUUUUAAUGAUUGGGUUGAUGAAAUGGAUUUGCUCGAAAUUGAAUUUGUUGGAGCAAGUUAUACUUGGUCGCGUGGGUUAUCCCUUGAAACCCGUCAAUGUGCUCGUCUUGAUCGCGCUUUUUGUAACCCAGAUUGGGGUCUUCAAUUCUCCCAAGCUAGAGUAAAACACCUCCCUGCUAUUGCAUCCGAUCAUUGUCCUCUCCUCAUCUCUCCCAAUGGGUUUGUUCCUCUCCCUUCUUUGAAUAAACCUUUUAGGUUCCAAGCCAUGUGGCUUCAUCAUGAGAAGUUUCAAGAGUUUGUGCAAAGUAAAUGGAAGCACUCUGUGCCUAUUAUGUCUUCCCUGCUUUCUUUAUCCGAAGCUUUGCAGGACUGGAAUCGAGACGUUUUCAAAAAUAUUUUCCAAAGAAAACGUCUCUUAUUAGCUCGCAUUGAGGGAGUGCAAAAAAAUAUAGGGUUUUCUACUCAUCGAGGUCUUAUUAAGUUGGAGUCUAAACUGCGACGAGAGUUAGAAGACGUGCUCCAGGAGGAAGAGACUUACUGGUUUCAGAAAUCUAGAAUUACUUGGUUAAAAGAUGGGGAUCGUAACACUCGUUUCUUUCAUUUAAGCACCAUUGUGAGAAAUUGGCGCAACAAAAUUUCUGCUAUAAAAGAUGACGAUGGAAUUUGGCUUCACGAUAAGGACCUUGUGAAAACCCAAAUUGUUACCUACUUCUCUACUCUGUUCACGGAAGAACCUGAUGAUGGUAUUUAUGAUCUACCAUGCGAUAUUUUUUCCAGAUUUAUUGCCGGAUGA